GGUAAUGGUAUACAUUCCUUACCUCAACGAAGCUUUGAACGCGGCUGUUGAACCUAUCAGAUAUCUUCUAUCUUCUACCAAACCGCUUCCCAAACAACCGAACAUCCCUCCGCCUGAGCUGUCGUCCUGUGGAAUGCUUGUGCGUUUGGCUGGCUUAUCGGGUGCCCUCGCUGUACUUGCCGGUGCAUAUGGCAGUCAUGGCUUUGGUCAAAAUCGCGAGAAGGAAAAACGAAUCUUUCAAACCGGUGCUUAUUAUCAUUUAAUCCAUUCAGUGGCUCUACUAGGAGCUUCAAGAGCAACCUAUCCCCACGCAGUAAACGGUUUUCAUCUUGUUUUCACGUUCGUUUAAUUUAGACUGCGAGCCUAUUCCUCCUUGGAAUGACGAUGUUUUGUGGGUCUUGCUAUUACGUAGCGAUUACGAACGACGAGCGCUUUGCAAAAGUGGCACCCAUUGGUGGGAUCACGUUAGUUAUCGCUUGGUUGUCCCUCAUGGUGUAGUACGCCAUGACGUUCCUGUCCAGUGACGCGACUGCUGAUUUCUAUUUUAAUGCCACUACAAAUACAUCACUUUUGCUACGGA